UUCAAUGGAUGAACUUCUAUUAUUUGUACGUAGGUACACUCAACUUUUGGCCAAUCAGUUUUUUUCGGGGGCGCGACUCCUACACCUUAGAGGACGCCUCGCUUUUAAUUUGUUCUUUGUUUUUGUUCAAAGCACUUUUGUGGGUGGGGAAAUGUGAUUACACUUUAAACAAACCUACCUACAUAUCUACCUACCUAACUAUCAACCAACCUCUCCCUUCAAAUCAUUGCAAUGACAUUUCAAAAGAGCUGCCACAGUUUUCAUUAGGAUUUCCACCUAUCGGAAAUAACCAAAUUAAUUAUUCGCACACGUCAUUACUGCUAAAGAUCGCCUUUGCGUCAAAUUAACAAGUCAUGCUGGUGGGCUUGUUUUCCAUAUGCAAGAAUUCUCGUAUUUAGGUUAUACCUGCUUUUAAAGGUCACUUGGCAUGUAAAGUGAGGUAUUUUUUAUCAAUCCAUGCCAUGACAACUGGGUUCAAUUCAAUUUUCUCAAUCGCUUCCCAUUGGAAAAACCUGCCUUUGAGGUCGGUCUGAUAAAAUGACAUCACUCCGCGGCCAAAAGGGAUCCGCUCGCACACUCUUGAAGUUCGUCACUCCAACUUGUACACACACGCUUUUGUUUUCCACAAAAAAUCGAAAAAAAACGAGAGCGGGUUUGAGAGUGCUGCCACUUGCUUACUUACUUAUACGUACGUAUAUACUCGUACGUACUCUGGUACACGAUGAUGAUGGCGAUGAUAGACAAAAGCAGUCCCUGCAUUCGAGUAAGAGACACAUCACCUGUAGGAGGAGCCGCCUUUAUGCUCCUCAUGCAACAAUUCAAUUGAACAAAAGUGAUUUCUUUUUGUUUUGUGUUCAGAAACAAAAGCCAUUCCGCACGAAAAAGUUCAUUUCUGUGUGGCAGUUGUGUUGCUUCAGGCUUCUCGUCGCUCACGCGGUCCAUCAGUACUUCGGGACAUUGUAAUGGCGAUUUGAGUCAUGUGGGUCCGGGAUCACCUUAUCGGACAUCAUCUGGAUCGCUCAACGGCUUGGGAUCCCGCCCGAGUUUGAAUAAAGAACUUAUGCAAAAGCUCCGGAGCAUGACCGAAACGAUCAAAAUGCUCUCCCAGGAAAACUCCAGUCUAAGGACCGAGAAUGAGGAGCUUCGCGAUGAUAUGCUCGUGGAUAACACACCCACUCCGUCCAUGCCUCCGGACAAUCAUGUACCACAGUCGUCGGAAAUAAUUGCGCCAAAGAUGGAUUCGCAAAAAAACAAUGAUUACGACGACCUUUCCAAACCCCAAUUGAUCUCCUUAAUACUUUCUUACGAUGCCAAGGUGAAAGCCCUUACCACAGAAGUCGCGGAAUUGGCCCGAUGUCGGGAUGAGGUUCACACCAAAAGCGCCGAGAAGGACAAAUAUAAAGCCUUGGCUCGAAGACUCAAGGAAGAAAGGAACCAAUACAAAGAGUCUUUGGACGAUAAGUUGAAUGAGCAAUCCGAGUUGAAGGAUGAAAUGGAAAAAAUGUCCGAACUCAUCGGUGAUCUCCGUGAGAAUUGCCAACAACUCCGAGAUGAGCUCUUAUUAUGCAGGAGCAACAGCCAGAGCAAAGAUUAUCCCUCGGAAUUUAUCAGUGUGGGAACGCAAGUGCGGUUUCCCGAACAGAAAUCCCGUGCUUCGUCCCUCAGUAAUAUGAAGAAAGGCUCGGCUCCCUCAUUGGAAUCUGUCCGUCGUGCAAAGGCUGUUUAUGGCCCAGCCAAGGCCACUGCCAGCUCAGCCGGAAAAACUCGCUCCAGUGUGUCAAAUUCGACCUCUUCGUCGAUCGUGUCUCUCCGGGAUGAUCCAAAACAAAAGCCUUCCCCCCGAGGGAGCCCAAUAAAGAAACCCCAAAUGAGUGGAGUACGAUCACCCGCCCAUGGAGUUCGAGGCACUCCGUCCAAGUCUGGCGGGCCCAGAAUAGCCAAACCUGUGGUAAAGCCGUCGCCGGUUCAGAUGAGCAGCCCAUCGAAAAAGCCUCUCUCUUCCAGAUCAUCCUCGCCUUUGACCCCUCCUAAGUCCAUUACUAGUAACACUAGCUCUGGAAAACCCUCUCCUCUGCACCAAGGGUCCUCUCCCGCCAGAAUAUCCCGAAUCCCCCAACCCUCUCCAUCCAGAAUACCAAGUGCCACACGUUACCAAUCACCUUCCCAUAUCCGGCAGCUUACUCAGCAUCACAGUAGGGCUGAAUUGACUCCAAGCCCGCCCCCACCACCGCCUCCUUCUCAAAUUCCAGAGCACGAGGAGGCCACGCCCAGCCCUCCAAAGACCCCUGUGGAGCCCCAUAGUGGGCCAGGUCCGUAUCCAAGUACUGCCUGCUUUACUAACGAUGACAUUGAGGACGAACUAGACUCGUCCGUGCUUCGCAUAGAAGCUGACGGAAAAAUCCAGAUGGAAAUCAAAUCGAGCGACAACUCUCUGAGGUCGAGGUCCCCCGUCCUACCGAAAGGUCAGGACAAGGGCGAUUCUCACGCCGGCGAAGGGUCAUCAUCCAAUGAAAGCAAUGCUGAUGAAAAUGACGAGCCCUCCGCCGAUGACGAAGGAAGCCGAGAUGGCGAUCAUACCGAAGACAAGGACCUUGGAGGAGUGGACACGCCCCGAACGUCGAGAAGACGGAGUGAGGGCGGGUCUCUGGCCGCCAGGCGAGUUCAAAGGACUUGGAAACACUUCUACGAAGAGGAAUGUCAUCCCGAGGCUGAAACGCUUGUCCCUGAAUCGGAAUUGUUGGAAGAGCGGAGAGAGCAGAAUCCGGAUUUGUCCCUGAGCAAAUUGGCCGAGACCACUCUCUCUUCGCAUCAAGGUCAGACCGAGGAGUCAAUGAAGUCCCUCAUCACAACAAGUUCACCCCGAGACCUGGAUCGCAAAUACUCCCUUCCCUCGAACAUUAAUGAAUCCGUCCGUGCCAAUGAUGACCUCGAUGACGCCAUCAACGGCAUCGAGUGUGCGAUCCAAGGCCAUCAAAAUCGAUCCAAAUCCUUGUCGACGAUCAAGCAAGGGCUGAAAAUUCACAUUGCUCGGCCUUGGCUGAAGAAGAAACCGGCCGUUGUGGAAGAAUCAUCAGAGGAGGAGAUCGAUCGGGUGUGUGGAUCAAUACAGAGCGUGAUUCGAGCCCAUGAUCGACGCCAAAAGAUCCUCCAAAGACUUGAGGCGGAUAAAGACAUGUUUGUGAGCGGCAAGGUGGACGCCCUGAAGGCCAAGUUCAAUGAGAGGCGGGCCAAGACGGCGGCUGAGCGAUCCGAUGGGGUGACGGAUGAUGACGAGGAUGUCGUCUACUGAUUUGUUAAGCUAUGCGUGACUUCCCCAUGAUCAUGUUCACCAAAUAGUCAUUUAACUACAUAUACUCCUACUGUAUUCUGGUGUAUAGGUUUUUGUUUUCGUUCCAUCAUUUGUUUGUUUGCAUAAAGUGGUCACCCCGUCCACGUGGUUUCUCUGCGACCGGACAUUCAAUCAAACCAUGUGAUAAAACAAGUUUAUAUUUUCCCCCCGUUUUAUACAAUCCGGAAUGAUUAUUUUGGAAAUAAACACUCAUUUUUCGCUAUCA